GGAAGUGUGACUCCGGUACCGCCUGGCCUCUUGCAUUUCGCCGCUCCCCGGUCGGUCAGCUGACCGUCGGCCGGUCUGCUGACUCUGCCCUGAUGCUCGAACCGUGACCCGGACAUCACCAGGUCGAGCCCGGUCUCCGUGUCCGCGUUACUGGAGCCCCUGACCCGGAUUGGCUCCUGACACCCCCGCUGUCAGCCGGAGGCCGGAUCGCCGGACUCACCCGAGCCGAGUUUGUCGCACACAUCGUCGGACCCGCUGAUCGAGCGGCUCCGUUGCUCCAGCUCCCAGGCCGCUGAGCGGGUCGCCUCCCCCCGAGCCUGUGUGACUCCCAGCCGGCCCGCGGCCCCGGUCGGCCCCGCUGAGCACCAUGGCCCUGCUGGAGCUCGCCAUGCAGGGACUCGCCGUGUUCGGCUUCAUCUUGUUCUUCGUCCUGUGGCUCAUGCACCUCAUGUCCAUCAUCUACGUGCGUCUCCACCUCCAUAAGAAGAGGUCAGAGGUCAAACAGUCAUUUGUGCAGCAAACAGGAGUUUCUCUCUUGAAGCCCCUGAAGGGAGUGGACCCAAACCUCAUCUCCAACCUGGAGACGUUCUUUACUCUGGAUUACCCCAAGGGCGGCGCUCUCUGCUUCUCGAAGCUGGACUUUGCGGUGGCGUGGUUCAUCAGAGAGUCGAUGGCAGUGCAGAUCUUCUUGUCAGCUCUGUGGGACCCGACCAUCAGCUGGAGAACCGGUCGAUACCGGCUCCGCUGUGGCGGCACAGCUGAAGAGAUCCUCGAUGUGUAGUUGCCAUGACGACCGGCUGAGCCUUCAGCUUCGUCCUCAUCAAAGAGACUGAUUUGUUUUUUUGUUUUUUAAGGAAAGUUUGUGUGUUUUUAACUAUUUAUGUUCCUUUGGUGCUAAAACUAAAUGAUGCCAGAACGAGCCAAUGCACUGGAAGGAAGAAAGAAAAAAUGAAAAAAAUAAAAAAUGAGAGGGAGUGACGCAUCGCACUGAAUCGUCUAAUCUGUGAUUGGACAAGAGGAAGAAAAAAAAAUCAGCCAAUGGGGGGGGGGGGUAAAAUCCUCUCCUCAUUGGUUGAUUUUUCUUUGCUUAAAUUUUCAUGUUCAAAGUUUUUUUAUGGAAGCAAAUAACGGCCAAAAAAAAUGUUAUGACUGAAAAUGAAUUUAUAGUAUUACAAUAUUUUACUUUGAAAUUCAACCAUUAAAAGAAUUACACUUGAAAAAACUAUUAAGUUUAAUUCAAACGGAUGAUUUUCAAAUUAAAAUAAAACUGAUUAUUAAUUCAAAAUUUUGUAGUUCAUGUCCAGCAGGUGGCAGUUUUUUAUUGUUAUUUGUUGCCGAAAUUUGCUUUGCGGAUAAAUAAAUUGCAAAAAAUUUAACAUGAUUCUCCGGCAAAAAAAAGAAACAUGAGGCUCAAAGUGUAAACUCGCAGAAACAUUCGCAGCUUUUUCUCCUCGUUUACAACAAAUUCAGUUUUGGAACCAAAAAAGUUCUGGUUCUGGACUUUGGAGGUUCUUCUCUCCACGAUUCGUUAGGGAUUGAAUCCAACAAAAGAAAUAAUAAGAUUAUUCAUUUUCAAAAUUAGAAGAAAAACACUUGAUAUUAAAAUUAACCAAUAAAAUCACAUCUGAUCAUUGAUCUGUUGAGAUUGUCAAAAAGAAAAAAACUGAAAACUUCAGUCAAAAAAUGAUUUGACAUAAAAUUUGUAUAAAAAAAAUUUGCAACACCAAAUCUGAUUAAGUAUGACAAACCAGAGAAUUCAUAUUUUUGAGAUGUUUAUUUUGUGUUUUAAGAAACAUCUUUAAAUUACAACCUAACGAUCUUUAUUUUGUCCUUGUGAGAACUUUUGGUACAAACUGUUCAUCAUUAAUUAUUUAUUAGUUUGAGAUAAGUCAGAGAGUCAAGCCGCAUCUUUUGUUGUUCGUGAAGUUUCUGUCGCACACGACAUAGUGGAAAAAUAUAAACAAAGCCAAUCAGAAAAAAGAUGUAAACACUGAACAAGUUUCUUUCCUGUUGUUUCACAGUCGUUACAUUUCACGAGAGAAAAUCACAUUUCUGAAUAUUUUACUUUGCAGUCCAACACUGUAUGUAUGUGUGUGUGUGUGUGUGUGUGGACAAUCGCAGCCGUGUUGCUUUACUGUUAGCAUAGCUACAGGGGGUUUGGUUGAUGACAUCAUUGAGUCGGACGAACCCAAGACGCCAUCGUCCAGAUGGAAGUAGUUUAUUUGUUUUUUUAUGAUUAUGACCUGCUGUCUGACUGAUCGUGUCAUGUCAGGAACAAUAAAGUUUUGUCCUUUUAAAGAAGAACUUAAUUCAUACACUUGUUGUCCUGCUUUCUGAUUGGCUGUGAGAACAGAUGGUAGGCGGGG